AUGACCUGAGAGUGCACUUCCCCGGCCCCUGGGCCUGGGGCUCCGCUGAGCGGUUCGGUGCUGGCAGAGGCGGCAGUGGUGUUUGUAGUGGUGCUGAGCAUCCACGCAGCCGUGUGGGAUCGAUACUCGUGGUGCGCCGUGGCCCUCGCGGUGCAGGCCUUCUACGUCCAAUACAAGUGGGACCGGCUGCUACAGCAGGGAAGCGCUGUCUUCCAGUUUCGAAUGUCUGCAAACAGUGGCCUACUGCCCGCCUCGGUGGUCAUGCCUUUGCUCGGGCUGGUUAUGAAGGAGCGCUGCCAGGCUGCGGGGAACCCAUACUUCGAGCGGUUUGGAAUUGUGGUGGCGGCCACUGGCAUGGCAGUGGCCCUCUUCUCAUCAGUACUGGCACUGGGCAUCACUCGCCCAGUGCCCACCAACACCUGUGUCAUCUCAGGCUUGGCUGGAGGUGUCAUCAUUUACAUCAUGAAGCACUCGCUGAGUGUAGGUGAGGUGAUCGAGGUCCUGGAGGUCCUGCUGAUUUUUGUCUACCUCAACAUGAUCCUGCUGUAUCUGCUGCCCCGCUGCUUCACCCCUGGAGAGGCUCUGCUGGUAUUGGGUGGUAUCAGCUUCAUGCUCAACCAGCUCAUCAAGCACUCUCUGACUGUGGUGGAAAGCCAGGGGGACCCCUUGGACUUCUUCCUGCUGGUAGUGGUGGUAGGGAUGGUGCUCAUGGGCAUCUUCUUCAGCACCCUCUUUGUUUUCAUGGACUCAGGCACCUGGGCCUCUUCCAUCUUCUUCCACCUCAUGACCUGUGUACUGGGCCUUGGCGUGGUCCUGCCCUGGCUGCACCGGCUCAUCCACAGGAACCCCCUGCUGUGGCUUUUUCAAUUCCUCUUCCAGACAGAGACCCGAGUCUACCUCCUAGCCUACUGGUCUCUGCUGGCCAUCUUUGCCUGCCUGGUGGUGCUAUACCAGAAUGCCAAGCGGUCAUCUUCCGAGUCCAAGAAGCACCAGGCCCCCACUAUUGCUCGGAAGUAUUUCCACUUCAUUGUGGUAGCCACCUACAUCCCAGGUAUCAUCUUGGACCGGCCACUGCUCUACGUGGCCGCCACCGUAUGUCUGGCGGUCUUCAUCUUCCUAGAGUAUGUGCGCUACUUCUGCAUCAAGCCCCUGGGCCACACUCUGCGAAGCCUCCUGUCCCUCUUCCUGGAUGAACGAGACAGUGGACCGCUCAUCUUGACCCACAUCUACCUGCUCCUAGGCAUGUCUCUUCCCAUUUGGUUAGUCCCCAGACCCUGCACACAGAAAGGUAGCCUAGGGGGAGCCAGGGCCCUAGUCCCCUAUGCAGGAGUCCUGGCCGUCGGUGUGGGCGACACGGUGGCCUCCAUAUUCGGCAGCACCAUGGGGGAGAUUUGCUGGCCUGGAAAUAAAAAGACUUUUGAGGGGACCAUGACAUCUAUAUUUGCCCAGAUCAUUUCUGUAGCUCUGAUCUUAAUCUUCGACAGUGGAGUGGACUUAAACUACAGUUAUGCUUGGAUUUUGGGGUCCAUCAGCACCGUGUCCCUCCUAGAAGCAUACACUACACAGAUAGACAAUCUCCUUUUGCCUCUCUACCUCCUGAUAUUGCUGAUGGCCUAG